CAAAUGCAAAGUGUAUGUUUUUUUUUUCUUUCUGAAAUAUCUAUUUCUGGUACUUGCCAGUGCCACCGCUUCUUUUCUCACUAAACAAACAAAACUCUCACCCCCUCCGCCUCCCCCACCUAUACCACCACCACCAUCUUCCUAGUUUUGCCUCUCAUUCUUUGGGUUUUCUUUCUUUCUCGCUGAUCUGAUUUUGAUACAGAUUUUUGGGUAUGCGAUCGUUUUCCGUCGGAAACGAGAGCUUUAAUAUCAGUUUACAGUUUCCAUUUGACAAUCUGGCGAAGUUCAGCGCCCAUAGGGGAACUUUUCAAGAAACGUAUUUCUACCGAGGGAAACUCGUGAAGAUACAACUCUGGCCGACAACAUAGAGACAUCUUCUGAAGCCGGAGAAGGCCUUUGUUUGGUUUUCGGUCCUCGAAAGUGUUUCGAUUGUCCUCGUUUACUCAUUUGGUGCCUUCCUAUUGAUUACGGCUAACUUUUGAACCCAAAAAUAUUUCCAAUGUGAUCUACUUGCAAAGAAUUUCUGUCUUAAAGGCUCAAUAUUAGACAAUUUCAGAUGUGAGCAUUGAUCAAAUAAUUUAUUCAGAGUCUCUCAAUUUAUGGACCAUUAGAGAUGUGAGCAUCUGUAAAAUAAUAUCUGUACCAAGAGCAAGAAGACAAAGGCAAGACAAACCUUUAGCUGUGUUUUGAAUCUCUUAAUUUGUAUUUGAGGAUUUUUUUAAUUAAAGAUGGCAAGACUCAAUUGCUUCUCUGGAAUUUUUGGCUCCAAGAAGAAAAAUAAGGUAAAUGAGGAAUGUUCAAAAACUGUAGAAAUGAACAAGGCACUAAGCACCUUGCAAAUUAGGCUGCAACGACCUGUGAAGCCUUACGAGGAGUUAAAGUCGACAAGUUUUGGUGUUUCAAUGCCGUUUGGAGUUGAGAAGAAUUCUGCCUGCAACGUCAAGGUGGUAAACCAUGAUAGCCCUGUGUGUUACGAUGCAGUAGAGGUUGCAUAUGAAGGGGAAGAUGAGAACGACGAGAACUCCUUAAUCAAGAGGAACUUUUCUGAUUUUGAUCUCAAAGUCCAUGAAGCCAACUCGAGUGGAGAGUUUCCUUCAAAGAAGGUGGAAUUCUCCCAUUCAUUUGAUAUCGAGGUGACUGAAAAAUUUGAAAAAAUAGCAGAGGAUGAUGGUGGAAAGGAUGUUGAUUUGAUGCAAAGUGGGCAUGUUAGUGAUCCUGGUAUUGGAAAGGCUGAAUUCUGGGCCUCACCUAAUCUUAAGCGUUCAUGCUCCAACUUGGAGACAAGUGAUGUAAUUAAAAUGAUAGCUGACCAGUUGCCACCUCCGAAGUCUCACUCUUUUGAAGAAUUGCAGGAAUUAGCUGAGAGAAUGAGGAAGGAUGUUAAUCGUGGCAGCCCUGUGUCUGUCAUGACCCAUCACAGUGCCGAUAAAGUGAUACUUAAGAAACGUUCUUCAAGCCAAGUUCUCCCUUCUAGAAGCAAAAGAUUAUGGUGGAAGUUGUUCCUUUGGAGCCAUAGGAAUCUGCAUAGACAAUCGAUUCCAAAACAAAGGAAGCUUUCUACGAGUGCUGUUUUGAACCAGCAAGGCGGGUACACAUCAGAUACUCUUGAACCGGACAGGGCCAUGCAUUUUAGCAAGAUUGAGUCACCUCAAUCAUUUACUGCAGAAUCCUUUAAUAAAGAUCACAAAGAUAAUGAAACCGAUAAUCAGAGCUGGGGUGGUUUUCAUAAUGGCAUGUCUGGAUUAUGGCCUCAGAACCAGUGGCUUGCUUUCUCAACAGAAUCAUCACCUUUUUCUAGAGUUGAAGAGUGGGUCAAACACCUUGAUACACAGCCUUCACUCCUAAUUCAAGAUGAUGGCAAUGAUGGGGGAAUUGACUUCCCUCCCUCUCAUGAGACUGGUAGUUCACCAGCGAGAUGCACAACCCCAUCAACUCGACGUCCAGAUGUCAAUCUUUCAGAGGAGAUAUUAUAUGCCAAUACCAUCAUACAGUCACUAAAUUCUUCCUCAACCAUAGCGCACAUUUCUGGUAUUGGCUUGAAAGCUGUCCCAAGCAUGUCUUGCUACUCCAGUCUUCGAUCUGUCAACCUGUCAAGCAACUUCAUAGUUCACAUAACUCCGGGUUCUCUGCCUAAAGGCCUACACUCACUCAACUUGUCAAGAAACAAGAUCAGCAGCAUUGAAGGUCUCAGAGAUCUGACCCACUUGCGAGUACUUGAUCUCAGUUACAACCGGAUAUCUAGAAUUGGACAUGGAUUGUCUAAUUGUCAACUAAUUAAGGAGCUCUACCUUGCGGGGAAUAAAAUUAGUGAUGUUGAGGGGCUACAUAGGCUAUUGAAGCUAACAGUUUUGGACCUAAGCUUCAACAAGAUAACGACAACCAAGGCGCUUGGCCAACUGGUUGCCAAUUAUAACUCUUUGCAGGCUCUGAAUCUACUGGGUAAUCCAGUUCAGAGCAAUGUGAGUGAAGAUCAACUACGCAAGGCAGUUUAUAGUAUCCUUCCAAAGUUAGUCUACUUGAACAAGCAGCCCAUCAAACCGCAAAGAGCACGGGAGGUACUCAACGAUAGUGUUGCAAGAGCUGCACUAGGGAACAACGGAUAUAGUUCCCAUAGGAGGGCAAAGAAGAUUAGUCAGGUAGGUUCAUCAUCCACGAGUGCACACAGGAGCAGUGCCAGUGUUAGGCGGAAAAGCAGACACAGGUCAAAGAGCUGAGGUCAUCACUACGUGCUCAAAUAAAAACGUCGUCUACUCUUCCCUUGCCAUCCCGCUAGAUCCUUCGCUAUGUCUUGGGAGUGACAUAAUAAGUUUACCUUUUGUGUGUUUUUUCAAUAUACCUUUUAAUUGCGUUUGCAGGGUGAAACGAUUUAUGGUUUCUGUUUAUGUAAUUGAGUUUUGUUUGUCAUUGUGUUGUAGCGCUCCAAAGUUUUCGCGUUGUUUGCUUUAUUUUCUGUGAAGCAAGCUUCAAGAAAUAACAGUUGGAACAAAAUCCAAUGCAUUACGUUGGACAAAUUAUAUGCCUGUAGAAAUUUCGAUUUACUAUUAUCCAUGUCAUAUUUGUAUAAGGAAAGUGAUGAAGUUGCGCUGCAAGCUUUUGAUGCAAGAAAGAGCUUUCAAUACAUGCCAUUUCCUUUUUUCCCCUUUUA